GUAGGAUCCUUGGGGGCAUUGACUUGGUAACUCCAUAGAAGAGGAGGAGGUGGAGGAGAAGAAGAAGAAGAAGAAGAAACAGAUUUAAAGAAAAGAAGAAAGAAGAAAGAAAAGAUGGGAUCGAGGGCAUCAUGGAGGUGCCCACCAUUAGAUUUCUCGGGGGAAUACUACGAGUUAUCAUCAGGAGGGAAGGGAUGUGAGAGGCAGAGCAGCUUCUUCGGUGGCAAAUCUGUGCUCCACCACAGCGUUGGCUACUCCGUCAUCCUCGGCUUCGGUGCUUUCUUUGCUCUCUUCACUUCUUUUCUGGUUUGGCUGGAAAAGAGAUAUGUGGGGUCACGCCACACUUCAGAGUGGUUCAACACUGCAGGGAGGAAUGUGAAAACUGGGCUUAUUGCCAGUGUCAUUGUCUCUCAGUGGACAUGGGCUGCAACUAUCUUACAGAGUUCGAACGUUGCGUGGCAAUAUGGAAUAAGCGGUCCUUUCUGGUACGCGAGCGGCGCUACCAUUCAGGUUCUCCUGUUUGGUGUAAUGGCCAUUGAGAUAAAAAGGAAAGCUCCUAAUGCCCACACCGUAUGUGAAAUUGUGAAAGCCAGAUGGGGGACUGCAGCUCAUAUUGUGUUCCUAUGCUUCUGCUUCUUGACAAACAUAAUUGUGAGUGCCAUGCUUCUCCUUGGUGGUUCUGCCGUGGUCAAUGCCCUCACCGGAGUCAACAUUUACGCCGCAAGCUUUCUCAUCCCUCUUGGGGUUGUUGUGUAUACUUUAGCUGGAGGGCUAAAGGCCACUUUCUUGGCCAGCUAUAUACAUUCUGUCAUAGUUCAUGUAGUUCUAGUCAUCUUUGUAUACCUUGUGUAUGUGGCAAGCAGCGAACUCGGUAGCCCUGGCCUAGUAUACGAACGUCUUUUGGAGGUUGCGAGCAGAUCGAGAAUCUGCAAAUACCCACUCUCUGGUGUUGGCCAGUCCUGUGGUCCGGUUAUUGGCAACUUUAAGGGCUCAUAUGUGACCAUGCUUAGUUCUGGUGGUCUUGUGUUUGGCAUUAUCAACAUUGUUGGCAAUUUCGGUACUGUUUUCGUCGACAAUGGAUACUGGGUAAGUGCCAUUGCAGCAAGGCCAUCGUCGACACACAAGGGAUACUUAUUGGGUGGGUUGGUGUGGUUUGCAGUUCCCUUCUCCUUGGCAACAUCCCUUGGUUUAGGGGCACUUGCCCUUGAUCUGCCCUUAACAGAAAGUGAGGCAAGCCGUGGCCUUGUUCCGCCUGCUACAGCCAUAACAUUAAUGGGAAGAGGAGGAUCCAUUCUCCUCCUUACAAUGCUUUUCAUGGCAGUAACAUCUGCUGGUUCUUCAGAGCUAAUUGCAGUGUCCUCAUUAUGCACAUACGACAUCUACCGCACGUACAUAAACCCGGGCGCAACUGGAAAGCAGAUCCUAAAGGUUUCAAGGGCAGUCGUCCUAGGAUUCGGAGGCUUCAUGGGUAUCUUAGCAGCGGUCUUGAACAUGGCGGGGGUAUCCCUUGGGUGGAUGUACUUGGCAAUGGGAGUGCUCAUAGGAUCUGCCGUGGUGCCCAUAGCCUUCAUGUUAUUAUGGAGCAACGCAAACGCUUUCGGGGCAAUUCUCGGGACCACAACAGGGUGUGUCCUAGGAAUCAUCACUUGGUUGGGAGUGACCAAAGUGGAGUACGGGAGGGUGAAUCUCGACACGAGCGGGAGAAAUGCCCCAAUGCUUGCUGGGAACCUGGUGUCCAUUCUCACCGGCGGGGCGGUUCAUGCUCUCUGCAGCUUCCUCAGGCCUCAGAACUAUGACUGGGAAAGCACCAAGAAGAUAAGUGUUGUUGAGAAGGAGAAGAGUGAAGAAGUGGAAGAGGAGUUGAAGGAAGAGAAGCUGGCUAGUGCUAGAAGUUGGAUUGUCAAAUGGGGUGUUUGCUUCACCUUUGUCAUCCUUGUGGUGUGGCCUCUCCUUACUCUCCCUGCCGGGGUAUUCAGCAAAGGGUACUUCACAUUGUGGGCAGUGGUAGCCAUAGCAUGGGGCAGCAUAGCAUCAGCUGUGAUCAUAGCUCUGCCAUUAAUGGAGAGCUGGAAAACCAUCACUCGCGUUGCUCAAGGGAUGUUCACGAACGAUGGGCUUCUGGAAAAAAUCGAAGACUUGAACUCCAAGUUGCAGGCCAUCAUCGUCGCAAUGCCGGAGGCCCAGAGGAUAUACUUGCUCAAGAAAGAGAACGAAAAGAUGAAGGAAAUAUCAGAGAGAAGAGAUCAUAUUUCUUCUGAUUAAUCACAGUGUCUUUUGCAGGUUCAGUCUUUAAAAUGGGAAAAGCAUGAAAGGUUGUGCCUAAAAAUAUACUUUAGGCACUUUUUAGUUUUUAAUUUAAGUAAAAAUCUAGAUCUUCAUUUGAAUCGAUUAAAUUCCCAUUGAGAUUGAAAAUGAAUAUUGUACAUCCGG